UAAAUGUAUUUAAAAGCAGCGAAGCAUUUUUAAUUGAAGAAAAAUUGGAAUUUAUUUUGUGCAGAGAGAGAGAGAGAUUCCAGCCUUCCCUCUGCUCUCCGAGAAGCAUCCCAUAUUCUUAGAUGUGAUGUUGCCUUGGCAACCACACUUGGUGACCUCGUUAUUUCAACCUAAUCCUGCUUUGAAAUUAUAGAUGCUCCACCCUUUUGCCUGGCUAGGCUGAUAACAUAAUCAUUGUAAAUGAGGAUUGGGGAGGGGGGAAAACAGCAAGAUAGCAUUUCCCUAGUGACAUAAGACUAGUCGCACCUUAUCAAGAAAAUAUUCCCAACAAUUAAAGUGCAUAAAUCUCAAUGCCCCAGAAAAGGGAGGCUUGGGGGAUUAUUAUUUGUGCGGGCGUUGAGUCUGCUGUUCUGCUUUGCAAAAUGCAACUGCGGCAGUGUGCUGGUUAGAUUUGGAAAUUAAAAUUCACCUACAUUAAAUUUCUUUUUUUUUAAUUCCUAAUAUUAUGAGUAAAGCAUAGGCGUUCCAAAUUAAGCAUCUGUUUUGACGACAGAAGGAUCUAGGAACUAUACAGUAUGCAAAACUACUCAUCAAAAACAGACUUUCGGGUUUUUAGUGGGCUCCUUUAUUGAAAAUGGGUUAAAAUCAUAAAACCGGGGAGGGGAGGAGAGUGUGUGUGAAACUAUUUCAGCUCUUACUGCAGUGGAAAAGAAAUAGACUUGCUCAUCUUACACACUACAUGAACUAUAUUUCUUUUAGGAGAAAUGUAGACAACAUGAUUUGAUUGAGGACCCAUCCAGACAGGCCCUAUAUCCCAGGAUCUGGUCCCAGAUUUUCUGCUUUAAACUGGGACCUCUUCCACACAGCUAAAUAAAAUCCUACAUUAGCUGCUUUGAACUGGAAUAUAUGGCGGUGUGGACUCAGAUAAACCAGUUCAAAGCAGAUAUUGUGGGGUUUUCUGCCUUGAUAUCCCAGGUUAUAUGGCUGUGUGGAAGUGUUGGAAAUAGCAACCUUCUACAAGCCUCCUACACUAGUUAUUUGUUAUGUAUAUAAUUCAGAUUGCUUAUUGUAUAAAUGUGUGUUGAUAUGCAGUUUUCCUUAACUCUAUGUUGUGGGAGGGGCUGCAGACCAUGUGAUCAGAUCUGGGACUAUUCAAGACUCAGACUCCAUUUUAGAAACUGUAUGCUUUUAGACGUCACUAGGAACAGUAUGCUUACAGAAGCCAUUAGACUUUCAAUGUAGUGACUUCAGUAGAAACAGUACAGUUUAGAAGUUAGUUGAAAGAGACUAUGGAGCAGUGGUUCUCAACCUCAGAUGUUUUUGGCCUACAACUCCCAGAAAUCCCAGCCAGUUUACCAGCUGUUAGGAUUUCUGGGAGUUGAAGGCCAGAAACAUCUGAGGACCCCAGGUUGAGAACCACUGCUAUAGAGACUCUAUUAGACUCUCAGAACAGAGAGAUGCUUUAGACCAGUAGUUCUCAACCUGUGGGUCCCCAGAAAAGACAUUGAAAUCCACAAGCACAUGAACAAUUUCAACAGAAAGGAGAAAACCAUGAAAAUGAACAAAUUCUGGUUACCAGUAUUAAAAAAAAACACCAGAAUCAAGACAGUAAAUAAGAAACACCACUCAAAAACAGGGGAACUACAGAUAGCAAUUGCAACAUUUGCAUUUGCUUUAACAGACAAGCAUUAUUUCUCCCACACUGGAGAUUCCACAGAUACACACAUGUCAUGGAACCCAGUUACAGGGCUUUGGUAAUUCAGCCCUGUAACUGGGAGUCAUAACAUAAACAAUCCCAGGAGCACCUGGCAGAAGAAGAUAGAAUAUGCCUGGGAACUUGGGGCCGAAAGUAUAAACAAUUAUAAUUGGUCUAGUGUGUGAAAAUGGUAGUAAUGUGAUAUUGGGGGUGGGACUUGAUGAUGAUAUUUACGUGUGGUGUUACGUAGCAUCAAAAGUUAUAAAAAUAGUUGUAUGUAAACAUUGGGUCAUUCCUGACUUUUCCAAAGUCAUGUGUUCUUCAAUAAAGAUUGGAUUUGAGAGCAGCCAUCUCUGAUCUGCGUUCAGACUGAUCCUUUGAAGUGAGCAGGACAAUUAAGUCAGGAAUCCAGUUCUCACCCUCCUGCAAAUUUGCAGUGAAGUGAUAAUGAGCAGGGAAGGAGAUCAAAGCCAUGACGGAGCAAAGGGGCCUCCGCUGGGAGCUCUGCCGUUGGCAGAAGAGACAUUGCAAGCCAUAGCUUCCUCUACGGGGUACCCCAAGCCGGACGGCGUGACCCAGAGGAUUCCCAGAGGGGGAAGAGGCGUUCCGGCGGCGGCAGAAACCAGUUGGGGAUCUGGAGGAAGCAUGCCGGAGACCGUGGCCCAGCGGUUAUCCAUCCUGGAAACUCAUUUAUCCAGGCUGUCGGAUACCGUGGGGAGAAUAGUGCCAAUAUUGGAAGAGAAUCUCCAAAAAGAGCACAUCCGAUAUGGCGCCGAGAGAGAGCCAAGCAAAGGAGGCGAUUGGAGCCAGAGGGGACAGCGAGCUUCAACGCAGAGUCCCGCGGCGGCAAGGGACGAGGGAGACGAGGAAUAUUGGCAAGAGCUGGAGUUCCGGGACAGAAUGGCGCGCGAAGUGGAGCGCCAGCAAGCUCUGGGAACUCUGAGGCCGCCAACCCCAACAGAGCUCCCAACCCCCCGAAUGGGCGUCGGAGUAGAAAGACCACUGGGGCCAGGGAUCGGGUCCAGUGGAUUAGCUGACGAAGGCGGAGAGGAGCAGGAGAUCCAGGAAGAGGAGGAGGAUGUGCCGUACGACGGGGAAAGGCGAGAUGCGGGGGCUACAGCGAGGCCAGUAUGCGGAUGGGGGGAAGGGCCGACAGCGGCGGCAGGAUUUCGGGAGCCGCGCAGAAUGACCACCGGAGUGGGGUGCGGCGUGAUCCAAGGAAACCCGAUGCAACCCUUCCCCAUGCCUCCCAGACAGCAUCAACGGGCCGCUGAAUGGAUGCCAAGAAGGGAAGAUCUCAAGCUAGAAUACGGAGGGGAAUCAGCCGAACUGAACUUUUUUCUAAUUAGCAUCAGGGGAUACAUGGAAGACAAUGCACACACAUUCCCCUCCGAAGCAAGCAGGGUUCGGGCCAUCGGCAACACACUAAAGAGAGGAGCGGCCAGCUGGUAUGUGCAACUACAUGCCAGACAGGACCCAUGCCUGAGGUCAGUGCCCCGCUUCCUCGCCGCACUGGAAAACCGGUUCAGAGACCGGCUAGAGCAAUUGAGAGCUCGAGACCAGCUUAGAGGAAUAAAGCAGAGGGACAAAACGGUGCCCGAGUACGCAGAAGAAUUCCUCCACCUCGCGGAAAGGGUACCAGAGUGGUCUGAAGUGACCAAAGUGGAAUUAUUUAAAGAGGGACUACGCCCCGAGAUUUUCAGCUGGGCAGCGCACAGAGAUGACCCCGAAACGCUCCAGGGAUGGAUUCAACUAGCGGGGCGCGUUGAAUCCACCCUGGCCCAAGUAAAGCGCUUCAGGAGCAGCGGCGGCCAGCAAAGACCGGUGGCGAGAGGUCGAGGAGAAACGAGGAAGCAGGAAAGACCCGGAGGGAGGCCGGGGAUUCCCUCCAGAGGAGACGACAACAAACCUAAACCGGGAUGCUUUGUAUGUGGGAAGACGGGCCAUCGAGCAGCAGAAUGCUGGGCACGGAAGGGGGAGCCGCCAAAACCCUCAAAGCCCAAGCCAGCAACCGGGAGGCGUGCGGAGGAGGAGGUGCAAGCCCCAGAAUCUCCAGAAAAAUUGGCUUGUGAUGAAAGAAGAACCGAAGAGGAGGACGAAGAAAAGGAGGGCACCAUGUCAUGGAACCCAGUUACAGGGCUUUGGUAAUUCAGCCCUGUAACUGGGAGUCAUAACAUAAACAAUCCCAGGAGCACCUGGCAGAAGAAGAUAGAAUAUGCCUGGGAACUUGGGGCCGAAAGUAUAAACAAUUAUAAUUGGUCUAGUGUGUGAAAAUGGUAGUAAUGUGAUAUUGGGGGUGGGACUUGAUGAUGAUAUUUACGUGUGGUGUUACGUAGCAUCAAAAGUUAUAAAAAUAGUUGUAUGUAAACAUUGGGUCAUUCCUGACUUUUCCAAAGUCAUGUGUUCUUCAAUAAAGAUUGGAUUUGAGAGCAGCCA